UCUCGUGCUCCAACCCUCGCCUGCGUACCUCCCCGCUCUGCCCGUUCGCCCAAAACCAUGCUCUCGUGUCCGACGGGAUCGCCGUGUACGGAAACCUCCGGAACUCCCAUCUUUCUCCUCUUUCGCUCCCCUCCUACCCGAAGCUAUUGAGGAAGGCUUAAAAUCCUGCUCAAAUCCAGCUACCAAACUGCUCGUAAGUGCAGCCACACGCCGGACUGAGGUCUUUCCUUCAACUUGUGUUCUCCAUGUCGUUCUUCUAACGAAUUUUUAAGAGAGUUUUGCAGUAAAAUGGCAACUGCUGCUGGUGAGCAACAUCAUAAAGCACACAGGGCACCGCAGUCUGGUGCAUCAUCAAAGAAUUCAUCGUCCAAGAAAAAACAAGGGACUUCUAGUGAUGGAAAACAACAGAAUCCAAAGGCAUUUGCUUUUAGUUCAUCUGUUAAAGCCAAACGGCUGCAGUCUCGAGCAGUAGAAAAAGAGCAACGCAGACUUCAUUUUCCUACUAUUGAUCAUUCAAUCGGGGAGCCGGCUCCAUAUGUUGUUGUGGUUCAUGGACCCCCGAAGGUUGGUAAGUCUCUCUUGAUAAAAUGUCUGGUGAAGCACUUUACUAAACAAAACUUAUUGGAGGUUCGAGGUCCAAUAACCGUUGUAUCAGGAAAGCAAAGGAGGUUACAAUUUGUGGAGUGCCCAAAUGAUAUUAAUGGCAUGAUUGAUACUGCUAAGUUUGCUGACCUUGUAUUAUUGCUGAUCGAUGGAAGUUAUGGUUUUGAAAUGGAAACUUUUGAGUUUCUUAACAUUUUGCAAGUCCAUGGAUUCCCUAAGGUCAUGGGUGUGCUCACACAUCUUGAUAAAUUUGAAGAUGUUAAAAAAUUGAGAAAAACAAAGCAGCGUCUUAAGCAUCGCUUCUGGACUGAGAUUAAGGAAGGUGCAAAGUUGUUCUAUUUGUCAGGUCUCAUUCACGGGAAAUAUCCAAAACGUGAAAUUCACAACCUGGCUAGAUUUAUCUCUGUUAUGAAACAUCAUCCUUUGUCAUGGAGAGCUGUACAUCCUUAUCUUCUUGUAGAUCGUUUUGAAGAUGUAACACCUUCUGAGCGAUUACAUUCAAAUAAAAAAUGUGAUAGAAAUAUCAUAUUAUAUGGUUACCUUCGUGGUUGCAAUAUGAAGAGGGCUGCCAAGGUGCACAUUGCUGGUGUUGGUGACUUCAGCUUAGCAGGGUUAACUAGCCUGACUGAUCCCUGCCCGUUGCCUUCUGCUGCUAAAAAGAAAGGACUCCGUGACAAAGAGAAACUUUUUUACGCUCCCAUGUCGGGUGUUGGAGAUCUCUUGUACGACAAAGAUGCAGUGUACAUUGACGUAAAUGACCACUUUGUUCAGUAUUCUAAAGUUGAUGGUGAAAAUGGCACAAGUGUAAGGAAUGGUAAGGAACCUGAUGUAGGUGAAUCUUUAGUAAAAAUACUGCAGACUACUAGAUAUUCGAUUGAUGAGAAGUUGGACAAAAGCUUCAUUGAUCUCUUUAAUGUGAAACCUUUAAAUUCAUCGAACGAUGCAAAUGUUUCACACGAUAAAACUACAGUUAGAGGUGAAAUAACCAGCAAUAACUGCUAUGGCCAGGAACAUAUUGAUCCCAUAGAUGGCGAGAGUUUUAAAGCGAGUGAUAAGAUUGAGAAAAUGAAUAUGACAGAUGAAAUUGAGCUUGAGGAUUCUGAUGAAGAAAAUGAUUAUCAUGAUGAGGAUGAUCAGCAAAUUCUUUUUAAUGAUGAUCAAGAAGCUGAAUUCCACAAUGGAAGAAUGAGGCGAAAAGCAAUUUCUAAUUUUGAAGAUCUAGAGGUUUCUGAGGAAGAUGAGGAAGAUAACCAGUUGACCCUCAGUUCAGAAUCUUCUGGCGGUAGUGGUGAGGACACGGACUCAGAGGGGGGAAAUGAUUCAAAGUGGAAGAAGUCUUUGAUUGCCAGAGCAAGGAUGAGACAAAACACAAAUCUUAUGCAACUUGUAUACGAUCAAUCUUCAUCUAAUCCUGCAACCACUGGAAGGGUAACAGAAGGUAGUAAUAGUGAAGAUAGUGAUGAUGAGGAAUUCUUCAUUCCAAAAAAUGAAUGGGACAAGAGGAUUAUUCAGAAACCUGACUAUGAUGAUAUCAAUAUUGAGGACUGCUCCAAAUUGGUUCCUUCACUACUCAAGGACUGGUCUAGUGAAGGCCUCAUCAGUGUUAUCCGUGAUCGUUUUGUCACAGGAGAUUGGUCAAAGGCUGCUAGACGAGGUGAAGUGGGUGAUGCUGAAGAAGACGGGGAAGCCCUUUAUGGUGAUUUUGAAGAUCUGGAAACAGGCAAAGUGUUCAAAAACCAGUCGGUGGAUGAUGCUAAAGGGGAUGACGUUAAAGAGAUGGAAGAUCCUGAAGCGGAGGAGCGAAGGCUGAAAAAGCUUGCUCUUCGAGCAAAAUUUGAUGCACAGUAUGACGAAUCUGAGAUAUCUGAUGAAGAAGAUGAUCAAACUAAAGGGAAAAAGUUUGCCUCAGGCAGUGCCAAUGCUAGUGGCUACUUUGACAAGUUGAAAGAGGAGAUGGAGCUUCGUAAACAGACGAACAUAUCUGAACUCAAUCAACUUGAUGAGGCUACUCGUGUGGAGGUUGAGGGUUUCAGAACUGGAACAUACAUGAGAUUGGAAGUUCAUAAUGUUCCAUUUGAAUUGGUUGAACAUUUUGAUCCACAUCACCCUAUAUUGGUUGGGGGCAUUGGAAUUGGCGAGGACAAUGUUGGUUACAUGCAGGCUCGCUUGAAGCGUCAUCGAUGGCACAAGAAGGUGCUGAAGACCAGGGAUCCAAUAAUUGUUUCGAUUGGUUGGAGACGUUAUCAAACGAUUCCUAUCUAUGGCGUCGAGGACCAGAAUGGACGACAUCGUAUGCUGAAGUAUACACCUGAGCAUAUGCAUUGCUUUGCAAUGUUUUGGGGCCCUCUCGCACCUCCUUCAGCCGGAAUAAUUGCCGUGCAAAACUUAUCCAAUAAUCAGGCAGCUUUCCGAGUUACAGCGACUGGUGUGGUGCUCGAGUUUAAUCAUGCUGCUAGAAUGGUGAAGAAGAUAAAGCUUGUCGGUUAUCCUUGCAAGAUCUUUAAGAAAACAGCUUUAAUCAAAGACAUGUUUACUUCUGAUUUAGAAAUUGCUAGGUUUGAAGGUGCUGCUGUUAGAACAGUGAGUGGUAUCAGAGGACAGGUCAAGAAGGCCGCAAAAGCAGAAAUAGGCAAUCGGUCGAAGGCAUCGGGAGCAAAUAUUAAAGAAGGAAUUGCUAGAUGCACAUUUGAAGACAGGAUUCUCAUGAGCGACAUUGUCUUUUUGCGUGCUUGGACUCGAGUUGACAUCCCCCAAUUCUUCAAUCCAGUAACGACAUCAUUGCAGCCACGAGAUCAACAAUGGAACGGCAUGAAAUCCGUAGCGGAGCUUCGCCGGGAGAAUAACAUCCCAAUUCCCUAUGACAAAGAUUCAGCCUAUAAGCCUAUCGAGCGCCUGCCGAGGAAGUUCAAUCCUUUAGUGAUCCCGCAAAAACUACAAGCGGAUUUGCCAUUCGCUUCGAAGCCGAAGAACAAACUCGCUCAGAAAAGGCCUCUUCUCGAAAAACGAAGAGCAGUCGUCAUGGAGCCCCACGAGCGAAAAGUUCAUGCCAUUGUCCAACACCUCAAGUUGAUCAAGAAUGAAAAGAUGAGGAAGCGGCAGCUAAAGGAGCAAGUGAAGAAGAAAGAAUAUGAGGCCAUGAAGGCCAAGACGGAGCAAGUGUCGAAGAAACGUAAUAGAGAGGAGAGAAGAGAUAGGUACAGAGUCCAGGAGAAGCAGAAAAGGAGAACUAAGAGAAGAGUAGGAGAGGCAUGAUUUAAAUUUAGAAUACUGAAUUUU